GGCGUACGUUCGAAGCAGCGCCUGUUUGAAGUCAACCGUCAACAAAGAGUCGUCGCGGCGUCUCCAUUUGGCUAUGUAACGUUAAUUUGAGUGUGAAUGACCUAUAGGUCAUAACCGCCGUUUGCGUAACAGUGUGUGCAGUGCUCGGAAAACGUAUUUAGCGACACGCAAAGAUCAAUCAUGCCACUUCUAAGUCGCUGCUGGACGCCUUUCCUCCUGUACCAUUGGACCAACCUCCGUUAUGGAAGUUUCUACUCUGCGAUGUACACAGCUGUGUACCAUGUUUUAUUCAUAUUCUAUGCCAUAUAUGCCGUCAACGGAGGAAGAACCGACUAUUUCUUCAGUCCGUACUUCGAGCUUUCAAUGAAAGGAAUAUACGUUGCAGCCGGCUGCACCAUGGGCUUCGGUGUCGUCUUUCUCCUUUUCACGCUAAUGUUGGUCUUAGGCAUCAAACGUGAUAACCGUUGCCUCUUCUUCCCAUGGAUGAUAUCUGUUGUCAUUGAAAUCCUUCUCAUGAUUGCCGUAGGACUGUGGUACAUCGGCCGCUAUUACAGAAAUCUUUACUCUGUUUUGGCUGCUAUCAUCCUAUGGUGCAUUGAUGGUGUCCAUGUCUACUGCUUCAUGUGCGUCGUAUCGCACUACCAGGUGGUCCGUGACCUCCAGGAGCCGAAGUUCCAGAUUUUGUACCCAUAAUUUUGCAUCUAGCCGUUCAGACUGCAGGCAAAGCUGAGCAGGCACAUACUCCGCCAACACAUCCAAUUUCUACUCCUCCACCUUCUUGGAGAGCGCAAAGAACAUGCUCAGGAUCCAUAUUAAUGACAUUCAAAAUUCACCGAGUAAGGAAAGCAUAUGCACACCAAAAAGCAAGAGACGAACUAAAAGUGAGGAAGGGGGGUAACCCACGCAAUGACGCUCCUUGCCAAGUACAGCCUUUGUUAGAAGAAACAUUAACUGUGUUACCUGACUGCAGCCGAUUCUGACUGUGUGGUUGAUGCCCUGUUGGCAU